GUCAGGGUUGAAAGGGGAAAGGUCGUUUGAAACAUGGCUGCUCCCCUGGAUGACAUGUUUUCCUUCUGCGUGGACGCCGGCAAAGUUGCCAGCUGUGUGGAAGUCAGAUUUAUCGACAACAUCAAGGGCAAGGGUCUCUUUGCUAAAAGGAGCAUAAAGAAGGGAGAAACCAUUUUCAUUGAGCGGCCUCUCAUCUCUGCACAGUUCCUGUGGAACGCUUUGUAUAAAUAUAAAGCCUGCGAGUACUGCUUACGUGCUCUGGAGACCGCAGAGGAGAAUGCGAGGAGGCUUGGCGGCAUUCCCGGACUCAGCCUUCCUCAUCCCGAGCUGUGCCGUGUACGACCAGAGCAGCAUCAAGCCUGCCCACAGUGCCAGGUGAUGUACUGCAGCAGCGAGUGUCGACAGGCAGCAGCAGAGCAGUACCAUCGGGCUCUGUGUCUGGGUCCCUCUGAGGAAGAUCCGGAUCACCCCAUCAAUAAGCUCAAAGAUGCAUGGAGGAGUGUGCAUUAUCCCCCAGAGACCUCCAGCAUCAUGCUUAUGGCCAAAAUGGUUGCUAUGGUGAAGCAGGCCAAAGAUAAAGCACACGUGCAGAAGCUGUUCACUCACUUCUGCAGCCGGACCGCCAACGAGGAAGAGGAGAUCGCCCAUAAGCUCCUCGGAGAACAGUUCAGAGGGCAGUUGGCCUUGUUGCACAGCCUUUUUAGAGAAGCACUUUAUGAUGACCAUCUCAGCCGGUGGUUUGUCCCUGAGGGUUUUCGUUCUCUGUUUGCUUUGGUCGGGACCAACGGACAAGGCAUUGGCACCAGCUCUCUGAGCCAGUGGGUUCAUGCCUGUGAUGCACUUGAGCUUCCUGCCCAGCAGAGGGAGCAUUUGGACUCUUUUAUUGACCAGCUAUACAAGGACAUAGAAAAAGAAACUGGAGACUUUCUAAACUGUGAGGGGUCUGGACUCUUUCUGCUUCAAAGCUCAUGUAACCACAGCUGCAUACCCAACGCAGAGGCGUCAUUCCCCGACAACAAUUUUCUCCUUCACCUCAGUGCCCUGUGUGACAUCAACCAGGGAGAGGAGAUUUGCAUCAGUUAUUUGGACUGCUGUCAGCGGGACCGAAGCCGGCAUAGCAGACAUAAGAUUCUGAGGGAGAACUACCUGUUUGUCUGCUCGUGUCCAAAGUGCGUUUCCCAGAUGGAUGAACUCGAUGUGACAUCCGAGGAGGAAGAGGAAGAAGAAGGUGUGGCAGAAGGUGAAACAGAGGGGGAUGAGAUGGAAGAUGAGAUGACAGAUGUCUGAUGAAAGACUUGGCCAUAUUGUUCUCAGUCGCUCCCAUUCCUGCCGCCACAAUCCGCAUCCAUAAAGCCCAGAAUAAUAAGAACUAGUCCAGAUCUGCAUUUCACUGGCCAAAUGUGUGUAGAAAAUGGCCCAUUGGCAACACAUUUCAGCCAUUCUUUAUUUUAGAGAUCAGUCAGAGAAGUGUGUGUGUGUGUGUGUGUGUGUGUGUGUGUCAGCAUUAGGGCGGCGAUGUUUUGCUUCUUUUGGCUCUACUUCAGCACACUGGGGGUUUAAAAUAGAACAAAGAAAAUGAUUUGCGUAUCUUUUUUUUUUCUGUGACAUUGAAGUUCAGACUGGUGUUUUAAACCCACGGGGACUGAAUAAUGUCAAAUUCAUUUAUUGAAGCUGCUUUUAAAAUCAUUUUUUUGCACGCAGCAUGGUAGUCUUUGGAAAUGGAACAGGGAUAGCAUUUUAGUUGGAUUUCUGGUCGCCCAUUGGUAGGCAGAGAAAAACGCCAGGGUAUGAAUGCUCUCUCUACACUGUUUGUGUUACUCAGCUGUUUUACAUUGACAGCAUGUUGUAUGAACUACCACUUUUUAAGGAUAAAUAUACCCAAUCCCCAAUAUUCAACAGACAAAAAUCCAAACCUCUGACUCUAUAUUUUUAUGACGUAGAUAUUAGGGUCACCAACUCUGUGCAAAGGUUUUCUGGGUGAUCACCUUUAUCCUUGCUUUGCUAUCUUGACAGAGGUGAUCUAUUCCAGGAUGAACCCCCCCACCUUUUGGACUCAAAGGCCCACUGAAUGUUUCAGUAUGGUGUGACUCACAAUCACCAGAUCUUAACACAGUCGAGCACAUAUUGGAAAUGUGUCAGACAGCAUGUGCAAAACCAUCAUCAAAACACCAAAUGAGGAAAUAUCUUUUGGAAGAAUGGCAUGUUUCCCUCCAGCAGAUUUCCAGAAACUUGGAGAAUCAACAACCUUCUGGCAAACAUUCAUUUGUGAUUGCUGUCAGUGACCCUGCAGUUUCAUACAUAGCUCAUAUAUAUAAUAAGAUAAUAAGAGCAGCACAAGAUCAAGUCUAUAGCCUAUACUGUAGUUAUUAUGCGUGUAAUCCAUUGUGCGGGAGUAAAGAGCCAAAGCAAAACUGUCAUCAUGGCGACUGAAUAAUGUUUAACAUGUAAGCUCACUUAAUAUAACAGUUUCCAUUUUCUAAAGACUCUUAAAAGAAAACAAAGCAAAGGUCAGUUGGCUCAUGGGUGCUUCUGCUUUACCUAAAAUAUGUUUCUUACAUGACUAUGCAUAGAGUGCUGUUCAGGCUUUUUAUUUAUUGUCCUAAUUACAGCCUUGUCAUAUGGGAGACAUCCAGCUGGUGAAAUAUAGUUUGGUUUUCACGCUGUGAUCUAUUGGGUUGAGUUAAACCUUACUUAAUGCAUUAUGGAGACCUUGAGUGGAAAAUUGCUUUGUCAGUAGCUGUUUGCCCUUUGUUGAGAACUGUAUUUCAGACCACGGUUCCAUACGAGUGAAAUUGCUGCUGCUGCUCCACGUGAAUCAAUAUUACAACAAAGACUGUAAUCACAAAUCGCAGUGUUUUCAGCUGCUCAACAAAGAUUGGAAAUAUUGAAUGACAAUUUUCUCACUUAGCAAUCAGCGCAGUGGCACAAGAGAGCGUGGCUUUGUAAGUCACAUGUGAAAUUUAAAUAUAACAGGAGCCUAGUGGUUGUCAUUUUUACUGUUCUGGCAUAAAGCAUUGAAAUUGGA